GAUGCGUUUGUGCUGCUGAUGUUGUAGGGAGGGGCAUGACGUCACAGGAGAGACCGGGAAAGGAGGCGAAUGGGGAGAAAGGAAGAGGGGGAAGGAGGAGAAGGGACACAGGAGAGAGGGAGAGCGGGGGGAAGACGCAUCAAAGGAAAACAAAGCAAAAAAUAAUGACAAUGAUAAUAAUCAUGACUCCUGUAAUUAACACUACGUCUCUUUGCACACCAUAAUGGCUCCACUGUUUACCUACACAGUGUGCCGCAAUAAAUGACGAGCCGCCCCUCGAAGUGCACUCCAGCUUGAGAGAGAUGUCAUCUCCAGGCAUGGGGACCCCCACAGACCCUCUCUUGGCCAGUCCAGGAGGGAGGUCAUCCUCAGCUCAGGAAGGCCUCUGGAGGACCACGCUGCCCAAGACGGCCAGCUUCCCGACAUCCACCACACGGCACCUCAGUCACAGAGCCAACAACUUCCAAAGACAGCCGAAGCGUAGGAAGCUGAUACGACCCUCACCGCCUCCCCCGCCCAACACGCCUUGUCCCCUGGACCAGCUAGACCUCAGCGAGCUUCCCCCCAGACGCACCUUCCAGGAGCUGCUCUUCAACGGCUGCAUCCUGUUCGGGAUUGAGUUCAGCUACGCCAUGGAAACGGCCUACGUGACCCCUGUUCUCCUACAAAUGGGCCUCCCGGAUCAGUUCUACAGCCUGGUGUGGUUCAUUAGUCCCAUUCUUGGAUUCCUUGUUCAGCCUCUUAUAGGAGCAUGGAGUGAUCGUUGCACGUCCCGGUUUGGAAGAAGGAGACCUUUUAUUUUUGCUCUGGCUGUAGGGGCUUUAGUGGGUCUGACCCUGGUUCUGAACGGACGAGACAUCGGGGGAGUCCUGGCCGACACGGCAUCAAAUCACAAGUGGGGAAUCAUCCUGACGGUGUGCGGCGUGGUCCUGAUGGAUUUCAGCGCCGACUCGGCCGACAACCCGAGCCACGCCUACAUGAUGGACGUGUGCAGCCCGGAGGAUCAGGACAGGGGGCUCAACAUUCAUGCAUUACUAGCAGGACUGGGAGGAGGAUUUGGCUACAUCGUAGGCGGCAUCAACUGGGACCAGACGCAGUUUGGGAGGUCCAUGGGGGGUCAGCUCAGGGUCAUAUACCUGUUCACCAGCAUCACUUUGGUGUUCGCCACCGCCAUGACUCUGAUGAGCAUUCCCGAGAGGCCGUUACCAAAGAGCCAACCAAACAGAAACUCCAGUAAGAACCAUCUGAAAAGCCCCAGCCUCCCUCUGCCUCCGUCUCCUCCCGUCCCCCCUGGAGCCGGUCUGGGGCUGGACGAAGAGGACGAGGAUGGACUUUACAGCUACAGCUUUCCAAAGUCUCAUCAAGGUAAUUCUGACCCCUUGGCUCACUCUUGCAGCGCCAGUGCACGCCUGUGUGCCGGCCUCACCAGCCCCAUAUCGCCCCUGAGUCCCCUCACUCCAAAAUAUGGCAGCUUUAUAAGCAGGGACAGCUCACUCACUGGCAUCAAUGAGUUUGCAUCUUCGUUAGGAACCUCCUACAUAGACAGCGUGCUUAUAGACUGCUACACAGGCCAGCAGACGCCUCCAAACCUGGCUUCAGGCUCCACUGCCAUGCCCCUGCCUACAGGAGAAUCCCCUCCCUCUGAGAAGGCGGGUAACCCCCCUGCAGGGCAGACCGAGGCUGAUGGGGGGUCCCAUCCAGCUGAAGAGGCUCAGGAGGCAGAGGGGCCUCAGACCAAGGGAGAUGCACAAACUCAAGGCGCUCCUGCGGACACAGCCGGGUCUCAGUCAGGGGGCGGGCUGCACCGGGGAUCCUCUGCUGGGAUCCUGAAGAGGCCUCAGAGUCUGGCGCUGAUGGAGGAGCCCACGGCGACGCAGAUUGUUGGGCUGGAGAACGGGCGGAGGAGAACAGUGACUUUCAGCCAACAGGUGGCAAAUAUUUUGCUAAACGGAGUGCGAUACGAGAGCGAUCUAAGUGAAAAUGUGGAGACAGGAGAAUCCCAGAUGUCCAUGAAGCUGCUGUGUAUAGCCAUCUACAGAAUGCCUCCCUCUCUGAGGAGCUUAUGCACUAAUCAUUUUUUAGGCUGGUUGUCAUUUGAAGGUAUGCUGCUCUUCUACACCGACUUCAUGGGUGAGGUUGUGUUUGAGGGAGACCCCAAAGCGCCGCACGACUCUGAAGCUUAUCAGCGUUACAAUGCUGGCGUCAGCAUGGGCUGCUGGGGCAUGUGCAUCUAUGCAUUCAGCGCUGCUUUCUACUCAGCCAUAUUGGAGAAACUAGAGGAACGUUUCUCCCUACGCACUCUUUAUUUUUUUGCCUACUUGGCAUUUGGUUUGGGCACAGGCCUUGCAACGCUAUCCACCAACCUCUAUGUGGUGCUUUCGCUCUGUGUCACCUAUGGCGUGCUCUUCUCCUCUCUGUGUACGCUGCCUUACUCUCUGCUGUGUGAAUACUACCAGAGCCCUCAGUUUUGCGGCUCGUCCGAAGAGGGGACCAGACGCGGGAUGGGGGUGGACAUCUCUCUGCUCAGCUGUCAGUAUUUCCUGGCACAGAUCCUCGUCUCUGUGGCGAUGGGACCUCUGACCUCACUGGUGGGCGGGGCUCAGGGGGUGAUGUACUUUGCAAGCCUGAUGUCAUUCGUGGGUUGCCUGUACUCCUCCCUCUGCGUGGUGUACCAGCUGCCCCCCCCUGAGGGUGAGCCCCCCGAAAGCGAGACCCAGCCGUUACUGGCGCACAUUUAGCAAAGCCUCUUCAUUCACUUUACCCUCACAAGAAAAAAAAAAAAACACACAGAACGCCACGCGCUCCCAUACCGUCGCUCGGUGUGCGAGUGCGUCUACCUCCGUAGCGAUGAUAGUGACAGACACACUGCACAUCCUGCCACACACUGUUUCAGCACAGCUUCACAGAUUUUACACUAAUCCGCACUGCUCUACUCAGAGCCAGACAGACAGACAGACAUUGGCCACAACUCCAACAAGCAUAAACAUAACCAGUGUUCCUACAGUGUGUGUGCCCAUGCUUUCUUUCCUGAACUUUCUGCAAAUGAAUGUGACGUCGUCUGUGAAUGUGUGUGUGAUUGAGCUGAGCUCUGUUUGUCUGAUUCCGUACUGCAUCGUUUUGGUGCUGCCUGUUUUUUUUUUUUUUUUUGGUGUUUAGGAUCACAGUGUGAAUCAAGCUAACCACAGCUUUUUCCCUCUUUUCUUUCCUUUGAUCAGUUGCCUAACAUCUGCAUGAGCUGCUGCAGUGUGGUCUCUCAAAGAUUUUUUUGUUUUUUGGUCACGAGGCCUAACUAAUGUCUACCUGCCUGUUUCUCUGAGUUAGAGUACUAAUAACACACUUCAGCAGGAUUUUCUUCACUGAAAGUGCUGCCAGUGGCUGUUCACACUGUUAAAAUUCACAUAAAUCUAAGAGCUUUUUCAGGACAACAAUUUUUUAAUAUUCACCAGAAUACUGAGUGAAGUGGUGGCCAAAGGUUUUGUGACUGAAGUUUCUUUAUUCUACAAACUUUAUUCAAUGUUGUUUGAUCCUUUAGUCAGAUGUUUAUGUUGUUUACUGAAGUUUCAAAGGGUUAUAAUAUUUUACAUUGAGUUUUGAUCCAUGCAGCAGUUUCUUAUUGCUUUUGCCUUAAAACUGUCAUCCAUUCUGGUAGAUUUAUGGCAGUGUUUUUAAACCAAAAUGUGACUGUUCACCUUUUCCCCGUUAGAAAAGUUGUAUUUUUUCCAGAUGCCCCUAAUAAUCCUUAUGGGUCUUUAUCUGAGAAUUUCACUUUAGCCCAGAACCCUGCAGUCCAGACGGUAUAUUGUGCAGAAUCUCAGCCUGUCCUUGUUGUAUUUGUUUGUCAGUUGUCACUGCUGUGCUGUCCGUCUGAAACCCGGCAAGAGUCCAAUACUAUAACUUCUCAUUCAAAAAACACUCGAGCCUUUUCAUAGCUAUUCCUGACUGAGCUCUCCAGUGGUGGUAAUACAAUACCCUCCUUGCCGCAAAAGGCAAGGCAAAAGACUAAAAGUUGGAUGAGAAACUCAAAUUUGCCUGCUUGUCAUUCAUUCCUGAGCAAAAUAUACAUUGUUGGCAACCCCCGUCCCUUAAAGCUACAGAAUGUAACUUUUACAAAAAUAUGUGUUUUACAUAUUUGUUCAAACUGUCAUCAUGUCGUGACAGUAUAGUAUGAGACAGAUAGUCUGUGUAAAGAGAAAGGUCCUCCUCCUAGUGCUAGUAUUGACCUCUGCAAAAACCAAUCAGAGCACUGUCAAUCAUGUACGCGCUGCUCAAUGUGCUAAUGGUGGAGAAACAACUUACAGAAAAACAGUUUAUCCACCAUUAUCAGUAGUCAUGCUAACUAGCCUGAACAUUGGUGGCUAGCUGCAUGCGUAGCAGAAAGAAAAGGGGAGGAUGUGAAGGAUGUCGAAGAUGAUUGACAGCGCUAAGACCCUCCCCUGGCUCUGAUUGGUUGUUUCUAAUGGAACAGUGUAGCUGUGCAGAUGGCAGCAGGGAGAAGGCAGAGGAGCUUGAUUUUUUUUUUCACAUAUCUGGUUCAAACCAUACUGUUACGACAUAGCGACAGUUUUAACAAAUAUGUAAAAAAAACCAAAAAAAAAACCUUUUUUUAUAGAAAAGUUACAUACUGCAGCUCUAAAUUUUGAGAUUGGGGUUGCAAUUUUUUAAGUGCUUUGAGACCACAUUUGCUGUGAAUUGGUGUUUUCACAAAUGGUCGGUUUGGCUUGUCUAGCAGCAAUAUAUUUUGCAAGUAAUUCUUUAUAUCCAAAGCACUUAAUAUUUCCUUAAAGAUUAACAAAAGAUUUUAUGUGAAACAAUAAUUUUCUUUUAAAACAACAAUCUUGCUGUUCUGAUUCAGAUAGAAUCACAAAGUGAUGACUUUAAUAACAAUUUCUUCAGGAAAGUAAAUAUUUAGGGCUCCUGGUAACAUCCUAGACUCCGUGCAGAUUGCCACCACAAACACUGGGGCAGUAACGGUUGAGUCAGUCUUAAAACUUUUGGCCACAACUUUACAUGUUUCUACGAUGGAGUAUUAGGGCCACAGUAGGAAAAUAUGAAAAAUUAAAUUGCAAAUAAAGUCAUAAUAGAAUACACUCGUAUGAGAAUAAAGCCAUAAAAUUACAAGAAUAGACUCAUACAAGGAUAAAGUCAUAAUAGUUUAAGAUAAAGUCAUAAUACUACAAGAAUAAAGUUGAAGUAAGACAAGAAGAAAGCCGUAGUAUUACGACUUUACAAAGUCAUACUAUUAUGGCUUUAUUCUUGUAAUAUUAUGACUUUAUCUCAAAAUAUUAUGACUCUUUUUCUUGUACAAGUUUAUUCAUGAUAUAUUACAACUUUUUUCUCAUAAUUUUAUGACUUUGUUCUAGUUAUUUUAUUUUUCCUUCGUAUGGCCCUAAUACUUGGUUGUAUUUUCCCAUAGUUUAGGAGGGCUUUGCACUGUGCAUUUUAGCAGCAAUACAUAUAUUUCUAUUAGUCUGGUCUACAAUUAAGACUUUCACACUGAAUUUUGAGUCAAUUCCAGCUAAGAAUGGAGUCAUCAGAUGACUCGCAGUACUUUAACAGACCCAGAGAACAGUGUUGUGGGUCCUCACUAAGCCACGUUACAGCUCUCUGAGCCGUCAACGUACUCCCGGCCAUUCCAUUGUAAUAAUGACAGUGAUUCUUGUCAUUGUCAGGAAGAGGAGAAGUUGAAACUGGGGUGUGAAACCAAGCAAAACAGAGGAACGGCAAACAGAGAGAAGACUCAUGUGGACUGUGGGACGGACGGCGU